AAGCCAUCAACAUUCAUCAACCCAACUUAUGAACCAGAUUUUUGCGCAAUAAGCAUAAAUAAACAGAGACGAAGAAACUAAACACAAUACACACAAAAAAAAAGAAAAACACAGCUUUCUCUCUGCAGCAAAAACAGAAAAGCCAUGGCCACUCACCUGUGCACCUCUUAUUCACCAAUCACUACCAGUAAAAUCACCAAUAACAAUAAUAACAAGGUUCUUUCUCUUCCUUUGAAGCCUAGAAAUGCUAAAGGUACUACCUUUCCGCUUUCUCUAAGAACAAGUACCAGACUUUCCAUAUCAGCUGUUGCUGGAAACACUGCUGUUCAAGUAGAUGGACCCACAACUUCUAGUAAAGGACCAAAGUCUUUGCCUUUUAGAGUGGGUCAUGGGUUUGAUCUCCAUAGGUUAGAGCCCGGCUACCCUUUGAUUAUUGGUGGAAUUAAUAUCCCUCAUGAAAGAGGCUGUGAAGCUCAUUCUGAUGGGGAUGUGUUAUUGCACUGUGUUGUGGAUGCAAUAUUAGGUGCACUUGGGCUGCCAGAUAUUGGGCAGAUAUUCCCCGAUUCUGAUCCUAAGUGGAAGGGAGCACCGUCAUCUGUUUUUAUUAAAGAAGCUGUAAGACUCAUGCAUGAAGCAGGCUACGAUAUUGGAAACUUGGAUGCCACCCUGAUCCUCCAAAGACCAAAACUUAGCCCACACAAGGAGGCUAUCAGAUCUAAUUUGUGUGAGCUGCUCGGAGCAGAUCCUUCUGUUAUAAAUUUGAAAGCAAAAACUCACGAGAAGGUUGACAGCUUAGGUGAAAAUAGAAGUAUUGCCGCCCACACCGUGGUUCUCCUUAUGAAGAAGUAAAGAUCCCUAAAUACUUGAAUUUUCAUAAUAUAAACAUUGUACUACAUUAGCAUUGUUGUUACUAUUACAGAUGAACGUGUUGGUUCUUAUGACUCUGUUUCCCUCUAGAACAAAUAACAAGUGGGCCGUAUACUCAGUUUCUAUCA